GACGAAUAAUAUUGACUCUGGAGAGUUCUACCUCUCUCGUGGGGUAGUCCUGAAUUUCAGGGAAACCACAUAAAGCUCGUGUUAGUAUUUUUUAUGUCAAUUUUUAUCAUGGUAUCAGAGCCCUCUGCCUAAGAUCUUCGGUUGCUUUGCGUUUCGGCUGCUCAUGUUGUGAAUUGUGAUCACAACUCAUUAGGAUUGGUACCCUCUGGUCGGCUGCUAGCUUGGUUAUUAUUAUUAUUGUUGUUAUUAUUAUUAUUAUUAUUAUUAUUAUUAUUGUUAUUAUGGCGGAUCUAGCUGCUUGGGUUUGCUUCUCCUUUGACAAGUCUGUUUCUUGUUUCUAUUUGCUCAUCAGUUGCUUGUGCCCUAUUGUUGUAUGGGUACUACUUGGAUCUUUGGAGCUUCUUUUCGGAUAUAUUUGUUUAUUUUUGUGUUGUUAUCAUUCCCAAAGUACUUCUUGGAUCUUUGGAGCUUCUUUCCAUAUGUGUUUGUUGCUUUUUUGCAUUGUUAUCAUGGAAUCUGCGAAAGGUGAUUCAGUGUUGGCACGAUCUUAUGAAAAGAACUUUUCUUUGAGGUAUUUUCAAUUUCUAACCUUUGUCCAAGGGAAGACACUUCUUCCCAUUCUCACCGGUAAAAAAAAAAGUCGUAGGAGGUUGAUGAUAAGGCGCUGGUUGAUUGGGAAGCGGGAACUGCUCAUGUGAUCUCUGGACUUCUCGUAGUUGUCGGUGUGCCUACAGGUCUUAGCUUUUGUCGCUUUGAGCUUGCUAGCGAAUCAUUUUGUUACUACGAAAGGCCAGUCUAGUGCCUCUCGAUAGUUUGACGUUGAAUUAACUGGAGUUUGAGGCAUGAUACUAUACCCUAAUCCCUAAUCCCUAAUACAAGAAUCCCAGUUCUCAAUUCACUAACUCAAAGCAUGAGAUUCGUUUAAUCUUAAAUGAAAAUCAACGAUUCUAAUUCCGUAUAUGCACAACGAAACUAAAGUGAAUAAUAUUAAUUCCAUAAAGUUUUAUCUCUCCCAUAAACUAGUCCUAAAUCCAAGAAAACCCACGUAAAUCUCGUCUUAAUAAUUUUUAUUUCGGUUUUUAUCAAUUAGCGCAGAACCAAGUUGCAAAUCCACCUACGCCCCCAUUGCACAAUUUUCAUUUCCUCGGUCACAUCGACCAAAUCUGGCCCCUCGAAUACCACGCGCGUGUCGUCCCACCACGCGCCGCUCCAGUCCACCGUUGAGACCAUAAAUGAAGCCGAGCGGGGAGGAAAAAAAGGGCGCUGAUUUCUGGUAUACAGAAAACGGCCUCCAAUUUUUCUCCCUUUUUCUUCUUCUUCUUCUUCUUCUUCUUCUUCUUCUUCUUCUUCCUCCUUUCCCUCUCGCCCUCUCUCCACCGAAAAAGCCGAAAACUAAUUAGACGAAGAUGUCGAUGGAGCUUUCUGCCUGCAAUGUAACGGACAGAAUCCACGCCCUUCUUCCCCAAUGCAGAUUCCUCGCCCCAUACUCCCGCCCUUUCCCUCCCCGUCGCACCCUUGUUUUCUCCUCCUCCUCCGCCGCCGUAUGCAAGGCAUCGGUUCAGUCGGUUGACGGCGGGGUUGUGUCGGCAAUUGAAUCUGGAUCGGCGACGGCGAGAGGAAGCUUCGCGGAUACGCUGAGGCUGGGGAGCUUGACGGAGGAUGGGUUGUCGUAUAAGGAGAAGUUCAUAGUGAGGUGCUAUGAAGUUGGGAUUAACAAGACAGCCACUGUUGAGACUAUUGCUAAUCUCUUACAGGAAGUCGGGUGCAACCAUGCUCAAGGUGUUGGAUUUUCAACAGACGGGUUUGCAACAACUCCCACCAUGAGGAAAUUGCAUCUCAUUUGGGUGACUGCUCGCAUGCACAUUGAAAUCUACAGAUACCCAGCUUGGAGUGAUGUAGUUGAGAUAGAGACGUGGUGCCAGAGUGAGGGUAGGAUUGGAACCAGGCGUGACUGGAUCAUGAAGGACUAUGCUACUGGUGAAGUUAUUGGAAGAGCUACAAGCAAGUGGGUGAUGAUGAACCAAGAUACUAGGCGGCUGCAGAAAGUUAAUGAUGAAGUUCGUGAGGAGUACCUAGUCUUCUGUCCAAGAGAACCAAGAUUAUCAUUCCCAGAGGCAAACAACCGCAGCUUGAAGAAGAUUUUGAAACUAGAAGAUCCCGCUCAACAUUCAAGACUGGGUCUUACGCCAAGAAGAGCUGAUCUGGACAUGAAUCAACACGUCAACAAUGUGGCGUAUAUUGGAUGGGUUCUUGAGAGCAUGCCUCAAGAAGUGAUCGACACGCAUGAACUGCAAACAAUCACCUUGGAUUACAGAAGAGAAUGCCAGCAAGACGAUGUAGUCGAUUCACUCACUAGCGUGGAACCCGUCGACGAGCCAGAAGUCCAUGGCAAGACAAACGGGUCAGCCUUGUCACUUGCUGAGGAAUCCCUCAACUUCCUUCACAUGCUUAGAUUGGCAGGUGAGCAAGGGCUCGAGAUAAACAGAGGACGCACUGAAUGGAGAAAGAAACUAGGGAGAUGAAAGAGCCGUCACCCUAGGAGCACAUUUAUGUAACUUCCAGAUAACUUUCUUAUUAUAGUUUUGGAGCUGGUGUGUUUUUGUUUUCCCAGGUGUGUGCUUUUGCUUGGUGAGUGGGUUAGUUACUUGGUUGUAGUUCGCUUUGCCUGCCCGGCUAGCUUUACAGAAGGUGUGGGACUGAAGAUUGUUUUGUUAUACUGCUAUAUAUAUAAAGAGAGAGCGAAGCGGAACACUGAUGCAUAUACAUUACAGCUAGCUGAUAGUCACAACUCAAUUCCAGAUGAACAAACUGUUGUACCUUAUAUAUCCCACCUGUUGUUUUUCCCUCUGCAGUCGUGUAUACUUGUUUUACAUUUGCCACUAAAUUUUUGUUAUCGCACUAGCCAUCAUCAAGGUUUUCAAAUCGGUUUAUACCGUUGCACUGGUUUAACAAGUGAAAUGAUUCUACUAGUGGUACGCCAGUUCAUACCGAUUUAACAAAUUAUGUAAAAAUGUGAAAAAUCAUUAACAUCAACAUUUAAAUAAAACAUUUAAUGUUGA